AUGAGCAACAUGACUGUUUGCUGCAAGCCCCUCAGCCGGCCCGAUGGUUCUAAAAUCGACUUCGGGGCUGAGCUGACCGGGAUGAACAUUGAGGCUAUGAAUGAUGAUGACUUCGCGUUACUCCGUCAAGCCUUGUAUGAGAAUCAGGUAGUUGUCAUCAAGAAUCAGGGCAACUUGACACCUAAGGGACAAUACGAACUCACCCGACGAUUCGAUCCCGCCGCUGGAGUCUACAGCCAUGGAAAGUCCAUUGACAAACGAAGCGUUCUCCAUGCCGAUCUCACCACCAUUCCCCAUCAGCCGCAGGUGCAAGUCAUCGGUCACGGUUUUGUCAAGGAGUACGAAGGAUUAUCCAACAUCCAGCUACGACACCCUCAUCACAAGGCCUUUCACAAGACUCCAAUCUCAGCUGAAGACGACGAGGAUUUCACACAUUUCUAUCGCUGGCACAUUGACUCAGCAAUGUACAAUCUGGAUCCACCUCUUGUCACAUCGUUGCUCGCUGUCCAAGUACCCAAGGGCCGCCGACAGACCUGCCGUUAUGACGAUGGUACAGACACUACCCUCGACGUUCCUCUUGGCACAACAGCUUUCUUCAGCGGAUACCGUCUCUACGAUCUGCUAUCCGAAGAAGAGAAGAAUUUCGUGCGUACGAGCAAGGUUGAAUAUGCGCCCCACCCCUACAUCUGGAUGAGCAAGGCCAAAUCACGCUCGAAUGGACUCGGCAUCGUAUCUGAAGGAUUGGAGCUUGCAGAGGAGGAUUUACCCCCGUUCGAGUCAGACAAGAUCAAAACAUACCCCAUGGCUUGGAGGAAUCCGGUGACGGGCAAGUUGGCGAUGAUGGUGUACCCAACGUGUGUUAGGAAAAUACACCUUGAGAACGGCGAAGUUUUGGACAACCUUCCUGAGAUUCGAGAAAGGUUGUAUCGUUUGCAGAGACGGGCGAUUGAUCCUGAUUACAUCUAUCCUCAUGAUUGGGAAGAGGGGGAUCUUGUGCUCUUUAACAAUCAUGGAGUGAUGCAUUCCAUUGUGGGCUCGUUCAAGGAUAAUGAGGUUCGGAUUUUCAGACAAUGCAAUAUGGCUGCAAGUCGGCCUCCGAUGGGACCGUUGACGAUCUAG